GACGUGUUCACUGAGAAUGACUAUUUUCCUUUCAAAGUGGUUACCAGUGGCUACAGGUGGCCAUGUUGGGGUAGAGUCAACAGCACACAGCCUUUAUGGGCAGGUGUGUUACCUGUGGCUCCCUCUGGAAGCACUUCCGAGGGCUCUGCUGCCACGGCUGACCGACUGACACACCAAUGAAAAAGACGACGGAAAAGAUCAUGCAAUAGUUUUCCUCGUCACCACCGCUUUAAUCGCCCCUGCAACCACCCGCCUUUUAUUCCGGAGCUUUGAACCUGCAGUCAGCCCCGCACGGGUUUUUGGUGGCAGACGGAGGGAAGUGCUUCCUGAUAAUAAAGAGGUGCGUCUUAUUUCCAUUCCAGUGAUUGACUGCGCACGGCUUUCACCGCCGGAGCUGGGGGCAUUGACGCAUUGUGGAGUCGACAGGGGGUAGCACUGCAACCCCGGCUUCGCAACACAACGGAGGCAUCUAUCGCCGAAACCGCGAUGGCCGUGGUGCAGCUCGACACGGAGGACCAUCAACCUGAGAACGGCUUCGUGUCCCCCGAAACCACGUCGCCGGGGCUGCUGACACGCAUCGACGGCUCUAUUCUGCCAUUUCUCGGGGGAUUUGGGAAGUACCAGAAACAGCUGAUCGUGCUGACAUGGAUCCCGGCGUUAUUUAUUGGAUUCAGCCAGUACUCUGAUAAUUUCCUCCUCGCCCAGCCGAACAACACAUGUAUCCAGCCUUUGGCAAACCUGAGCAAUCAGACUACAAGCCAUUCCUCGUUGUUAGACAGUCCAAAAAACAGCUCGCGGCCAGCUUAUAUUCAUGCCAAUGGAAGUUACGCCGGUACCCACAAUGACACGGCCAACACGCAGUGUAGGUGCAAUGAGUGGACCUUCGAGCUGCACACAGGACUUGUACAGAACGUGGUUACAAAGUGGAGUCUGGUGUGUGACUCAGCAUGGAAAGUCCACAUCGCCAAGUUUUCUCUGUUGGUGGGGUCCAUCUUUGGAUACCUGACGUUUGGAAUCCUUGCUGACUGGGUUGGCCGCCACCCAGUGCUGAUCAUAUCGGUGCUGUUUAUGCUGGUGUUUGGUCUGACUGUGGCCUUCUCCGUCAACGUCCCCAUGUUCAGCACCCUGCGCUUCUUUGAGGGAUUCUGCCUGGCAGGGAUCACGCUUUCUCUAUACGUCCUCAGGAUCGAGCUGUGCCUGCCAGGAUGGCGUUUUUCCAUGACCAUGGUGGCCAGUUUUGUGGUGUUGGGUGGUCAGCUGCUGAUGCCCGGGGUGGCAUACCUCUGUCGCGACUGGCAGGUACUCCAAGCCGUCAUCAUCUGUCCCCUGCUGCUGAUGCUGUCCUACAUCUGGAUCUUCCCUGAGUCACUGCGUUGGCUGCUGGCCACCCAGCAGUACUGCCGCUCCAAGUGGAUCAUGGGACACAUAGCAAAGAAAAAUCGAGUGAACAUGGAGCUCGACCAUGAAAAUAUCCUCCCAGAACUGCAGAGAGCUCUUCAAAAGAAAUCCAAGAAGACGUGCAUUGUGAAGAUGGUUGGAACGAGAAACCUGUGGAAGAAUAUUGUUGUGCUCUGCGUCAACUCGCUAACAGGCUAUGGUAUCCACCACUGCUUUGCCCGCAGCAUGAUGGACCACGAAGCUCAGGAGACGACCAUGUUCCAUAACUUCUAUGCAGAUUAUUACACCAUGGCGGGCAUUGCUGUGGCAUCUUGCAUGGCGCUGUGCCCGGCGGUGGGCCUGAUGGGCCGGAGGGGUGGCCUUCUCAUGUUCAUGAUCAUCACUGCCCUGGCAUCACUGCUGCAGCUGGGCCUGCUCAAUUUGCUGGGAAAGUACAGUGGUCAUCUGAAUAUAGAUUAUACCAGCACGCUGAAUAAGAACUUCUCCAUCGCCUUCUCCAUCAUCGGCAUGUUCUCCUCCCACGCAGUCAGCAACCUGAGCAUCUUCUUCUGUGCUGAGAUCACACCCACUGUGAUCAGGGGUGGUGGGCUGGGCCUGGUCCUAGCCAGCGCUGGCUUCGGCAUGCUGACUGCACCCAUCAUGGAGCUCCACAAUCAGAAGGGCUAUUUUCUUCACCACAUUAUCUUUGCCUGCUGCACUCUCAUCUGCAUCAUCUGCAUCCUCCUGCUGCCCGAGACGCGCUACCAGCCCCUCCCCGAGACCCUGGCCGACGGCGAGAUCGGCCGCCAACCUCUCCUCCCCCCGAGGAAACCUGGAGAGCAGCGCCUCCUGCUGGCUCAAUCUGAGAGCAGCAGGGACUACACCAGGGUGCACGACACGCCUCUCCACGAAGCCGCCGCCACCGCAGUGUCCACCAUGGACUCCACCGCCUCUUCGGCUGUUGAUUUGACUGCCCCGUCGAUCGGGGAUAUGUCCGCUCCCACAUUCAUGGAGGUGCACCCUGGCAAGCCGGAGCUCAAAGACCCCAACGGUCACUCAGUUUCAUCUUUAACCACCAGUCCCCUCACAGCUCUGGGUAAAGACGGCAUCAUACAUGCCAGCAAAGAGCACCUUCUGUCUUCCACUCCUCUACACAAGCCUCCAUGUGUCACAGACCCACUUUUAGCUGGUGCUGAAGAACCUCCAGCAAUAGUCCUGGAUCCCGUCAAACCACUGGAGGAUUCUAUUUUUAUUGAAAUGAAUGAAAUCAGUCCAUCUCCGACAAAAGAGCCAGCCGCGUCCCCCUCAGUACACCGUUCCACUCCACCCCCCCCUCAAACUGUGCCCGCCUCCUUAUUGAUCUGCACCACACCCAUCAUCGAACCCCCGCCCAGCUCCACGUUAGAAUCCCCCAACCCGGUGGAGAAUGAGAUCGACGAGAUCACCCCGGAAUUUGACGCUCCUAUCCUAGAGGCAGAGUCCCCUACUCCAUCUAUGCAUGACAGCCUCCCUCCAUCCCCCACCCCCUCUCCGGUUCCCAUAACAGAUUGCAACAUUUCCGCUGACCCUCCACCACCAAGUUGUGCACACUCUGACAUUCCCAUCGAGUUAGAAAUCGUAGAAGAAUCUACACCCACUCCUUCCACUAGAGAUUCCCCCAUUCCUCCUGUCGUAGAGCCCCAACCACCACAGUUAGACCUGACCCCUCCCUCCCCUCCCUGUGUUAAUGAUAUAUCUCCCUGUCCCCCAACUCCCCCUAGACCCCCUAGCCCCCCUAGCCCAGUAGCUGUCUCCCCUUCACCCACUCCCCCUCCACCCAUUGACUCAGGCCAUACGCCCCCAGCGGCCCCUUCCACUCCCCCUCCCAUAGAUACUGUCAACACCACCGCACCGAUUCCCACUAUUCUCCCCGUCACAGACAUUGUGCACACCUCCACUCCAGAAUCUACUGCUCUGACUGUUCAGCCCACGCAGGAUUCAGCUGCCUCCCUCGGCGUAGAUUCAGCACCGACAUCCAUCACGGAUUCAGGCUCCACAGAAGCCCUCUCUCUAAUUGACUGCACCGUCUCCUCCCCCAUAGACUCUGGCGUCCUUUCCAUCAGGGACAGUGCCAGCACAGAAAACAACACUGUCAAUGGCAUGGAGUCGUUAUGAUCCAGUGCUGCAGCCAGGAAAGGAAGCUUUACGGUUGCACGAGGAAGCAGCCCCAUGCCACAUGAAUAACUGAGGAGGGGGGCGCAAAUUGUCCUACUCAAAACAUCAGGCACUUACUAAAAAGUGUCCCCACCUGGAGUUGAGUAGACAUGUCUUACAGAGAUGCUGUAUGUUUCUCAAUGCCCCCCCCCCUCCCCUUCCUGAAUUUAGCCAAUAAAUGAGACCACGCAAGUGAGAGAGUGCCAGAGGCUGGUUUGUGACAGUGUGUUUGAAUGUCACUGGAAAUCACCAGCCUAUAAACUUCUUUGAUGUAAAUGAAUGGGAAAUCACUGUCUGUCAGUCAUUUUAAGAGACUUACAACUUUACCCACAAUCACUGAGAGGAAAGGUGAGACAUGCAAUGAUGCUAAAAACAAACAAACAAACAAAAAAAAAAAAAAUCAAAUCACUGGUACUUUUGCUCAAAUGAAUUGUCCGUCUAACAUAUUUGUAUAAAAAUAUCGCCUUACUUGUAUGGACAAAAAAAAAUCUGAAUGUUACAACAUACUCUAUGCCGUUACAGAGGUGAACAAUCCAAAUUGGGGUGUUUUUUUUUCUAAAUAAAAAGCCAAAAACUACUCUGACCAAAAUUAAAUGUAGACAUAGUGCCAAAAUUAGUAUAAAUACAGUAUUUGCCUGUUUGGGGAAAUACUGUUUAGUGCAGUCCCCUGCCAUAGACUGUAUGUGGAUUAAAGUAAAUCAGAUGAACCCUUUUCCAAAGUCAAAAUUAAAUUGUUUAUCAAAUUAAUAAAAGACUGAAAGCUCUAUCAUUAUUUGAUAAAUUAGAAAUGAGAGAUGAGAUUGCUAAAUUUGCUUUCAUAAACACAUGUUUCGUUGUAUGAACAACGAUAUUAGAAAAAAGAAAGACCCAUAUUUUGUCGGUCUGAAAAAACUUUUAUUUUUCCAAUCGUUUCAGUCAAUGGAAUUUAUGGUAUGCAAAUGCUUUUAUUUGUAAAUGUGAUAUUGUAAGUAAAUGCAUAAUUAGUUGUUGAGCUUGAUUCAGUCUUUUCUUUUUCUUUUCAAAUUCAAAGUAUUAUUUUGAAUAAUCUCCCAUGGCGUGCCCUUAUUGUACAGAGCUAUACUACAUUCUUACAGUAUUUCUGGCACUUCAGUGUGGUGCCACCAUAUUCUUUGCAGUUGGGACAAAGCAUGAAAAAUAAUUGUGAACGUGUCAGCGAAACAAAUCUUAAAAAGCAAACUUUAAAAAAAGACACAAAAGCUAUUUUUGAAAUGAAACCAAUGGAUGACAAAAAUGUUCGAUGUGACUGCAACAGCAUCACUAACCUUCAGUGUGUUUUCCAAAUCAUGCUCUGGUAUUAACAUAGUUUAUGUAUGUCGAUGUGUUACAUGUGCUACAUACAUUCACUACAUUUACCUUUAAAAAAAAAAAAAAAAAAAAGCAAUAUGUCAUAUGAUAUAUUUAUCAAUGACAUUUAAAAAAACUACAGGUCAAAUCUUCAUUUAAAGGCAGUAAAACCUAUUCAUGAUCUUAAAUUGACAAACUUGCUUCAGGAGGCACUUUCUCUUCCAAAGCUUGUGUCCGUUUGUGGACAGUGUUAUACUUGACUUGUGUGUAACUUGACAGUUGUGGUUACACGCUGCAGGCUGUACUAUUUGUCAGAAAGUUGUGUGAUUAUGGUUAGACCACUGUUUACAACAAUAAUAAUAAUGAUAAAUAAUAAUUACACUUUACUGUAAAACUUAAAGAGCCAACUGAAUGAUGUCUUGUCAUUUCAAAUGUGAUAAAUCUUUCUCACGGUAUGUCAUAUUACAUUUAUCCAGGGUACUGGUGACUAAUUAAGGUGUUGUUCAGGAGUGCUAAGACAAUACCCGACUGGUGUUGUUCACAUCAUCUUGUGAUGACAGGUACUUAACUCAUCAAAAUCCUCUUUUGUUUCAUCAAAGGUGCACUGACAGAGGUGCUGCAUAUCUAUAGGGUAUCUGAAUGAUUGAGCAAACCUGCUUGUGUUUUUUUUCUCUCCUCAAAUGCAGCUUGAAUCAGUAUGAAAGUUGUUUUUUUUUCCGAUUGAUCCAUUGAUCUUUUUAAUAGAUCAUAACAAACUUCCAUUGAGAUUCAUGUGAACAUGUAAUGUCUAACAUGCCAUGCUGCUAAGCCUCAAAGCACAAUGCCCUGCAAUCAUGUGAUGUCAAAUUUGGUGGAGCUUGGCGUCUUGACAGUAAAAAAGAAAAAAAAAGGGAAAGUGGAGUGGGAUUUUGAAUACAGAAAUUACUAGUAACACAUUAAGUUUUGCAAUAGACCCACAUGUAAUCUACUUAGUGGAAGAGGGUGUUGACACUGGAUUUAAUAAGGAAUUCUUGGCAUCUGCAGUAAUGAGUGGGUUGACUGCAGUGGUCAGUAGCUUCACAUUGCUCUGAGUCCUCGUUGUCUGUGAGUCUCUCUGUCUGUGUGUGUGUGUGUAUUGCAGAAAUUGAACUGUGUAUUGCCAAAAGCCCACGCAACACCAAUGUAAAGACAGUGACACAGCACAAUUCAACCAGUGUCUUCUCUAAGAUCUGUUGCUUCCAUUUUCACAACGCCCAUGCAGCUUUUUCCCAAUGCUGAUGGGUGUAAUUUAUCUGGAGUAAAAUUUAAAGUACAAAUCAGUAAAAGCAAUCCAAAGCAAUGUUGGCACCAGCGAUAGCGUGGACUAAGAGACAGUGAUCAGUGUAAAAGCAAAAAAGCAAAAAAAAAAAGAAGAAGAAUGGCUUAUGCCUUUGUAAAUAGUCAAUGUGUGGAAACGCCCAGCGCCGCUAAGAUGAAGGAUCGUGACAUGGACUGAUGGAUAGUUUUGAAUUUAGAUAAAACUCUCAGAGACAUGAAGACAUGAAGUCCCCAAGUGUACACAUUUCAGGUUUUGCUUCUCUCAACUGUGCGACUCAGAAUCUCCUGAUGGGAGAUUUGAAUGAAUGUAAAAAAAAACAUGGAUUGUACCAUUUAUAAUUUCUGAUUGUUUGGUUUCAUUUUGUUUUCGUUUUAACAGACAUAAUGCACUUGUAUAUAAGCCAUACCUGUUGUUAAAAUAAACCACUAUUUAUUGAUCAA